AUGAGAAACCGAACAGUAACAACCUUCAUUUUGCUGGGUCUGACAGAUGACAUUCGGCUGCAAACUCUACUUUUUAUCUUUCUGCUUUUUUCUUACAUGUUGAGUUUAUCUGGUAACCUAACCAUCAUCACACUCACUCUGAUUGACCCCCAUCUUAAAACACCUAUGUAUAUUUUUCUCAAAAAUUUCUCUUUCUUAGAAAUUUCACUCACAACUGCUUGUAUUCCCAGAUUUCUAUACAGCAUAUCAUCUGGGGACAAGUCCAUUGCCUAUACUGCUUGUGCCAGUCAACUGUUGUUUAUAGAUCUCUUUGCAGUUACAGAAUUUUUUCUCCUGGCUAUCAUGUCCUAUGAUCGCUAUGUGGCCAUCUGUAAACCUCUGCACUACAUGACCAUCAUGAAUAGCAGAGUCUGCAAGAACUUCAUCUUCUUCUGUUGGGUAACAGCUCUGAUCAUCAUUCUCCCACCAAUUAGCCUAGGCUUGGGCCUGGAAUUCUGUGACUCAGAUAUCAUUGACCAUUUUUGUUGUGAUGCAGCUCCUCUCCUGAAAAUCUCUUGUUCAGACACAUGGUUGAUAGAACAGAUGGUGAUCGCUGGUGCUGUGUUGACAUUCAUCAUCACCUUUAUGUGUGUUGUCCUUUCCUAUGGUUAUAUCAUCAAGACCAUUCUGAGAUUUCCCUCUGCCAAGCANAGGAAAAAGGCCUUUUCCACCUGUUCUUCCCACAUGAUUGUUGUUUCCAUUACUUAUGGUAGCUGCAUCUUCAUUUAUGUCAAACCUUCAUCCAAGGAUGAUGUAGCUAUCAAUAAAGGGAUUUCACUUCUUAUCAUAUCAAUUUCACCAAUGAUGAAUCCUUUCAUUUAUGCACUGAGAAACAAGCAAGUAAAGCAAGCUUUCAAUUACUCAAUUAAAAAAAUUGCAUUCCACUCAAAGAUUUUAAGACUCUGA